AUGAUAGAUCCAGAUGGCGUUGCCUGCACUAUCUUAUACCAUCUUAUUGUGAAUACCCUGGCCGAACUCCCGGACGGCCAUCUGUAUUCGCGCCUCUUUGACUAUGAGGACGAUGACCAGGCCAAUAACUGGGUCUGUCUGAUCGAUAAACUCUGCGGCAUUGUGAAAAUCAUGAUAGAGAUUCCAAACUCAAAAUCUCUCAAGUUAUCAUGGCUAGACCCUCGCAAACAGCAAAUCUUACGCGAGGUCUCCAGCGCCGGACUAAUAUCACGCGAGUAUAUCAGUGGGUUCGUGAAGGCAACAUGGGACCAAAUCAUUGGAGAAAGGCAUUUCGGAGAGAGGAUGGAAUAUGAGGUUCCACCUGUUCUGAUUAACGUCGGCAUGCAGCUGCCAGAUCCAGAUAUGCUGAAGCCUGGCCUCCACCACCUCGGUCUGUUACAUCCGUAUGAGGAAUUGAUUCUGAUGCACCAUGGUCUUUUAUACACCGCACACGAUGCUCACUCGUCAGAAAGGAAUCCACGAUGGCACUUCCAGAAGGAAAAGAAGCAUCUUGUCGUGGAACCUCUCCAGCCAAAGCGACUCGAUAUCGUCACGAAGAUUUAUCCUCAGCCAAAGCUCUUUGAACCCGGUGAAGAUGAUUCCUGGAAGGUAUUUCCUGAGAUUCGCAUUCCAAAUUUCGGGAAUGUAAUGUCGCAGCUGGCAGCCAAUCUAGUCAAUCACUCAUAUCCGCAACUGCGCAGAAUGCCCUAUCGGCAAGUUAUCACUGCCUGGGGAGGUGCAAGCAAGAUAGCCAAGCGCCUCUGCGGCUAUAUUGACCGUGAUGUGCUGUUGCUGGAAGGUCAGAAGCUUUCCGUCGAGCUGUUAAACAAGGUUGCAGUAAAGCAGUCAGAGCGAGGUAAGCUUUGGCUACCAAGUAGUGGAUAUGUCGAUUAUGUUACGGACGACCGCGACUCCCGAUACAUCAGAAUGUACAUUGGCCAGGCGAAAGUAUCCGACCGGCGUCUAAUGCAGCAUAUCAAUGAUGCUACUCGCUCAGUGCCGCAAUCCCUACACAUUUUUAUUAUCCAUCAGGGCAAUGGGCAAAGGGCGAUGAAUUUUCUCAAGCUAUGGACAAUUCAUGACCUCAACUCCAUGGACGAUGAGUCGGCAAUGAUACUACCAAAUAUCCUGGAAAUGGCCAUGUGCGCGAGCUUUCAAUCACUGCCACCGCAGGUUUUUGAGACUUUCUUUGCCCCUCUGACCAGUCCUAACCAACAGUAUGCUGGAGUAGGGCUUAAUGUCCUAUGUCCCCUCUACCAAGGAAUGAGAUCGGUGCUUAAGGUCCGGCAAGAAACUAUAACCUACCUCGAGAGUUCUCUAGACCCUCAGAUUGCAAUGUAUCCGACAUUCCGAGCACAGCGUCGAGGGCCAAUUUCCACCCUCGAGAGGUGGAAGGGCGACAUGAAAAUUGAGACAUGGAAAGAGCAUAUCCACCUUUUUUGCUCUGCCGUUGGAUUUGCAGGUAACGGAGACGAUGUCUUUGAGGCCCCAGCUACCCCUACAACUGAACAGCUCAUUUCCGGUCACCAAGUUGCCAAGAAGACACUUUCGACUGCUAUUGCGGAGAUUACUGGAGAGGAUUUACACGAAGGCUUCCCUGUGGGCGACGUAGCUGCAAAGAUUGGCAUAGUCAUCACAAGGUGCGUUGUGAGCAUGGAAGAAGAGAGCGUUCUAUGGGGAAUCCGAGAAACUGGAUUCACCAACAAGAACUGCCUACUAUGGUUGGCAGAUCCGAGGUGGCGGAAACUUACACAGAGUUGUCAAGCCUUAUGCCCUAUGGCCUCGAAAAAGCUCAUCCAGUUCCAUCGGCAUAUCAUCGAGAAUAGUGGUUUACGCGUGAUUAUAGUUGAUUUGGAAGCAUCCCAGCACGUUAUACCCGGUAUACCUCUGGACAAACGUAAGGAAUUUCAGCUCCAAUGGUAUUGCGGUAAUAUCUCUGGCUUUGCCGAAAAGGAUGACCAGGGAAGGCUUCAGCGAGUAUACCUCCAAUCCCCCAGAUCCCUCACCAGUCUUCUGUCUUGCUCAGGCCCCGCCACGCAGACUAUCAGCGAGAUGUUCAAGCUGACUGCGGCGAUGACUCGUACCCAUGGUAUCCGACCAUACUACUGCGCCUCAUCAUCGGCUGUACACCAGAUUCUGAAGAUCUAUGGAGAGGAACAGGACGGUGCCCCUAGGAUUACAACCACGGAUAUCCCAGUCACUAUCCAGGCCUUUCUCUACAGAAAAGGUUUCCGACGACCGGAGGACAUCCAACGCCUAGUGGAUAUUGGGGGUUAUCUAUCACGCGGCCUUCUUUUGCUACUGGUCAUAUUACGAAGACAGCCACACAACUUUAGUGGUUUACGGAAUCUACAGACUGCUGGUUCCAAAAAGAAGGCGCACAGGAGGGGCAUAUUUUCGAGCGAUGAGAUGAAAAAAGUCGAUUCUCUGUUGCCGGCUGCUCUGAAACUCCCGCCCAUGAGCGGAGAGUCACAGCCCUCAGUGAAAGCACUUGCUCAUGUUGCUGUUGAAUGCCUUGCAUCAUUAGAUGGCCGAGUGGACAAUCACGAGCUGAAAAAUAUGAUACAGCUGGCCGACGAAAAAGAGCAGGAGUUGAGAGAAUCUUUGGAAGACGACAAGAAUGAGGGCCUAGACCUAGAAGUCAACGACAUUGGCGUCGAUACCCCCUGCAGUGAGCUCUUCCCCGAGAUGGACGAUGAUAUCGACGACUUGGAGCCCACUCGUGACAAUUCAAUUUUCCAAUCAUCAAGAUGGCCCCAUUCAAGUGCUCCACGGCGCCGCCCUGAAUGGCAUCGCAACCGUCAAAAGGACAGGAGAAUCUUGUAUGGUGGCGUAAAAUACCGGGGUGCUUGGCAACCAGACAAGGGCGGGUUGGUAUUGCAUGUGCUCCCUGAUCUAGCUCAUAUUUUGAUCACGUUAAAGGGAAAAGAGCGACGUGAUGAUUUUGCUUCAGAGAUCUUGGUAAGAGCUGAGAUUCACCCUGCAAAGAAACACCCAAAUUGCUGGGCACUUGAUGCUAUGGAUACGGACCCUGGUGCAAAGCUCGCUUUGAUUGUGGACGAUGGAGAUGGUGAAAGAUUCAUCAAUACCGAAGGGGAAGGAAAUGCUCGCAAAGCAAACACAUUUGUCGAUUGGUUCUCUGGCUGUUCUCUUGAGACGAUCGCAAGUCGCCCCAGGAGGCAUAUUGACACGGGCAGCGGGGACACGGUGGUAAAAGCUUUGAAGCUGAAUGCCAGCGGGACUUACUAUACCGACGAGCAUGGCCAGCUAAGCAAGAGCCCUCAUGUAUCACGUGUUCCAGCUAGUUAG